CCCGAGUGCGCGGGGCGCGCGCCGCGAGGGGGAGCGACCCUGCGUCUGCGGCGCACUGUGCGGGCCGGCCCCCGGCCCCCGGCCCGUUCGGGACCCAGACGCCGAGCGCAGCCUCCAGCCGCGGCGUUUUUCCGCUACCGAAGAGCGUGCUUGGGUACCAGAGACAUGAAUUACGCACGGUUCCUCACCGCCACGAGCGCAGCGAGAACGCCUUCCGCCGUCCGCGUCGUGAGUGAGUCCUGGGCCGGCGCCCCUCCGCCGGGGGGGGUUCUCGCCGAGCCUCCGGCGGCGGUGCCUGCGGUCCGCGCUGGCGCGGCUGAGACUUGGAGCAGGGCACCGAAAUCAGUCAUCUCCUUGGCUCCUGGAUCACCAAACCCCAAUACGUUCCCUUUUAUGACUGCUGUUAUCACCAUAAAAAAUGGAAAGCCCAUCCAGUUUGAUGAAGAGAUGAUGAAGAGAGCACUUCAGUAUUCUCAAAGUGCCGGAAUCCCAGAGCUGUUGUCCUGGCUAAAACAGUUACAAGUAAAAUUGCAUAAUCCUCCCACCAUCAAUUAUCCAACCAGCCAAGGACAAAUGGACAUAUGCAUAACAUCUGGCAGCCAAGACGGUCUUUGCAAGGUGUUUGAAAUGAUGGUUAAUCCUGGAGAUAAUGUCCUCCUAAAUGAACCUGCUUAUUCAGGAACACUUCAAGCUCUGAAGCCACUGGGCUGCAACAUCAUUAAUGUUGCCAGUGAUGAAUAUGGGAUUAUUCCGGACUCCCUCAAAGAAGUACUUUCCAAAUGGAAACCAGAAAACUCAAAGAACCCCAAGAAAAACACCCCCAAGUUUCUUUACACUGUCCCAAAUGGCAACAACCCUACUGGAAACUCAUUAACAAGUAAUCGCAAGGAGGAAAUCUAUGAGCUCGCAAGAAAAUAUGAUUUCCUCAUCAUAGAAGAUGAUCCUUACUAUUUUCUCCAGUUCAGCAAGUCCUGGGCACCAACAUUUCUUUCCAUGGACAUUGAUGGGCGUGUCAUCAGAGCUGACUCUUUUUCAAAAGUCCUCUCCUCUGGGUUGAGAAUAGGGUUUUUAACCGGUCCAAAAGCCUUGAUAGAGAGAGUUGUCUUACACACACAAGUUUCAACCUUGCACCCCAGCACUUUUACACAGCUUCUGGUAUCACAGCUUCUACACCAAUGGGGAGAAGAGGGUUUCCUGGCUCAUGUAGAGAGGGUUACUGAUUUCUAUAGGAACCAGAGGGAUGCAUUACUGGCAGCUGCAGACAAAUGGCUAAGUGGUUUGGCAGAAUGGCAUGUUCCUGCUGCUGGAAUGUUUUUAUGGGUUAAAAUUAAGGGCAUUUCUGAUAUAAAACAACUGAUUGAAGAAAAAGCCAUUAAGAAAGAGAUAUUAAUGCUUCCCGGAAAUGUCUUCUACAUUGAUAGCUCAGCUCCUAGCCCUUACUUUAGAGCGUCCUUCUCUUCAGCUUCUCCAGAACAGAUGGAUAUGGCCUUCCAGAGAUUAGCCCAGCUUAUUAAAGAAUCUUUAUGAAGAAAUCAAACUCUUUAUGAAGAAAUCAGAAUCUCCCAUGGGUUUUUCACAUAAAUUAUUUUUAGCUUUUAGCAGGAAGAAAUGAUCAUUGGCAUUAGACUUACAGAUUGGAUUUCAAUAAGCAUGUCAUAUCUGCAGUAAUUUAACUAGACAACUUUUAAAGUGCCCUUAAAUUCAUCAGAUUGACAAAUUUAUAAUUCACUUAUACCUUUUGAUAAAUUUUCACCCUGCAAAAAGUAUUUUUAUCCUGGAUUUUAUUGUAAGGAACUCCAGUUGCUUUAUGGUUUCCCAUAAAUUUUCCUUGAAGCUAACAUUUUACCAUAAAUUAUUUUGAAAAUGUAAGAAAAUAAAUUAAAUUCAAAAUGGUAUAUAAUGUGAACUUUUUCUAUUUUUAGGAAAAUUUAAUGAAAGCUUAUUGCAAAAAAUUGUUAGAAUUUGACUAUUAUAAAUGAUUUUCAGUAAGAGUACCACAGACAUUGUGUUGUACCACAGAAAUCCCUUUAAAAUAAAAUUCUGAAACUAAGCACAUACCUAAAGGCAUUAGACCUAUUCCUUUUUUUUCUUUUUUUAAGAUUUUAUUUAUUUGACAGAGACAUAGCGAGAGAGGAAACACAAGCAGGGGGGAGUCGGAGAGGGAGAAGCAGGCUUCCCGCCGAGUCGGGAGCCCUAUGUGGGGCUCCAUCCCAGGACCCCCAGGAUCAUGACCUGAGCCAAAGGCAGACGCUUAACGACUGAGCCACCCAGGCACCCCCAGACCUAUUAAUUAUAUAUAAGGAAGAAAUCAGAGACUUAGAAAAAUGUGCUACACUGUAUUUUCAUAAUACCACACAAUUCACAAAAACACAUUCUUAUCAGUUAUAUCAUUUAAAUCUGCUACACCCCUUUGAGGUACUUAGGCUAUACUUUCUAAUGAUUUUCUUUCUCACCUUUUCAGAUCUUUAUUCUUCCUAUCUGAUUAUUAAAGUAAUAUAUGCUCACUAAAAAAUCUUCAAACAAUAGCAUGUAAGCAGUAAAGUAAAAGCUACUUGUUAUCUCACCCCCAGUGAUAACUGCUGUCAGAAUUUAGCAUCCAUCCUUUUAGAUGUUUUUCUAUGCAUGUGCCUAUUAUAUGUAAAAGAAUGAGAUCUCAUUACGACAGAGUAUCAUAAAUACCCUGUAUUUGCUCUCUAUUGCUGUGUAACAAACUACCAGUAUUCCAAGAUCCAGUAAUCGUUAAAGUUAUAAGUUCCUUUAAGGAAUUAGGAAGUCCUUGUCGUUUAUGACAUCUUUUGUGUAUACAGGCAUACCUCAGAGAUACUGUGGGUUUGGUUCCAGACCACUGCAAAAAAGCAAAUACCGCUAUAAAACAAGUCAAAUGAAUUUUUUCAUUUCCCAGUGCAUAUACAAGUUAUGUUUACACUAUACUGUAGUCUCUCAAGUGUGUGAUAGAAUUAUGUCUAAAAAGCAACAUACAUGCCUUAAUUUAAAAAUACUUUCUUUCAGGGCGCCUGGGUGGCUCAGUUGUUAAACGUCUGCCAUCGGCUCAGGUCAUGAUCCCAGGGUCCUGGGAUCGAGCCCCACAUCGGGCUCCAUGCUCCACAGGAAGCCUGCGUCUCCCUGUCUCACUCCCCCUGCUUGUGUUCCUGCCCUCGCUCGCUCUCUC